AUGAAUGAAGCCUAUUAUGGUAUAGAAAAAUUUAUUCCGCUUGAUGGAUUCAGUCGAAACGAAGAAUUCUAUGAGCAAGAUGAUACAAUUUUUAUCAAAGUAGAAGUUGACUUUUUUAGUGAACCAUUAGGACACAAAAAAGAAAAGAAACUAUUUCUUGUUUGCAUCGAUAAAAGACAUACUGUAAACGAGAAAAAUCUUCUCUGUGACAAUUUAAACUCUGAUGCUUUCAAACUAUUAAAUCUAUUUGGCGACAUGUCAGAAGCAAUGUUGAUGUUUUCAAGUGAAGCUGAUAAAUUAAGAAACAAAAUGGCGCACAGACGCUCGCUGGAUAGUUCAGGUUUAAUGCUGAUUCGAAAAUUGACAUCUCAUUCUCUAUCGGACGGAGACAUCGUACCUGAUGUACCAAUUAAUCUAGAAGGUUAUCGUGGUAAAGUUGGUCGAAUUUUCUCGUUUGCAGUCACAGGCAAUACAGAUGGUCCUAUAUGGGGUACGGAUAUUUAUACGGACGAUUCGAACAUCGCUACGGCUGCCGUACAUGCUGGAAUUAUUGAUAUAGGCGAAACCAAGGUGGUCGAUAUUAAGGUCUUUCCGGGGCAACAGGCCUAUUUUGGUAGUACUAGACAAGGUAUAACAUCUUUGUCGUACGGUAAAUGGAGUGGAAGUUUUUUCUUUACUAAAAAGCCACUUAACUUUGAUAUGACAAUACCAAAUAUCCAAAUGUUUCGGGAUAAGGUCGGACAGAUUUUUUCGUUCAAGAUCACAGGCAAUGACGAAGGACUUGUGUGGGGCACACAUAUUUAUACAGAUAAUUCAAAUCUCGCUACUGCUGCUGUACAUGCUGGACUCGUCACUAAGGGUGAAAAAAAAGUGGUUCAUAUUCAUAUCCUACCCGGUCAAUUUAAUUACCAUGGAACGACACAAAAUGGCAUUUCUUCCUUGUCCUACAACACGUGGGAAGGCAGUUAUGCAUUUUGUUCCAAACCACAACAAUAA